AUGGGCUACGCUAUUACGCCUGUCUGCAAUGCCUAUCAAUACAGAAAAAAUCCACAAUUUGCUAGAAAAGCUGGUAUAAUGCAAAUCCAAGGAGUUUUCCCCAAUACCUUGCAAUACGAUCUAAACACUAACCUUUGUUCUGCCUUUAGUCUGGAAAACUUGCAGUUAACACAAGCUAUGAUUUACACUAUGAAUCAACUUAUUAAUGGUAAUCCAAAUUUAUUGCCUGGAAUUGAACUUGGUUAUACGAUAAUGGAUUCGUGCUCAUCAAGAUUUGCAGCCUCAGUUUCCCUUACAUCAAGUCUCGUUACUUCUGACAAAGAAAUUUUUUCUUAUGCAACAUGUCAAAUCCCGAAUUCAAAUCAUAUUCUUACAAAUUUUGUAACAUCAUUAGAGAAUAAUACGAAUAUUCGCAAUCCAACCAUCGGAAUAGUAGCUGAGAAAUCGGAAUCUCUUACUCUAGCACUAGCAUCGUAUACAAGCAGUUUAAAUUUACCACAAAUAAGUUAUAACUCUUUCACCAAUUCGCUGCAAAAUCGUAACUUAUAUCCGUACUUUUUUAGAACAACGUCAACUGUACAACUACAAACAAAAGCUAUUUUUGAUCUUAUAUCUUAUUUCCAUUGGAACUGGAUUACAGUCAUAAUCGCUGGUAAUGAAGCAGUCACUAAUAUCAAGCAAAUAUUAACAACGAAUGCUCGGAAUCGAGACAUCUGCAUAUCCACAAUCAUAACAUUAAAUGAAAACUAUACUCAAUCAGCUUUAUAUAGAGCAGUUAGGAAUUUAAAGCAACGGCAUCAAUCUAAUGUCAUUAUUCUUAUUGGAGAUGAAAAUAUAGUUUUUGACUUCUUAAAAGUAGCGGAAGCUCAAAAGCUAUCCGGUAAAACAUUCAUUGGAAGUUAUACUUGGUUGAAAUCGUUGCGUUUAAGCAAUAUAAGUGGAGAUAUACUAGGGGGUGCAUUAGGUCUAGACAUUCCUGGAGAAACAUACAAAAAGUUUCUUAACUAUUUACAAAAUCUUGAUUUAUGUAAUAACGUUGAUAAUCCUUGGUUUAUACAAGCAUGGUUUGAAAAAUUAACAUUAGCGGGUUAUAAUGCUGAACAAGUUAUAAAAAAUUGUAAGAUCAAUCGUAGAUUACAAUUAUCCUUAUUUGAUAAAUUUUACGACGCUAAUUAUAUCUCUGAAUUUACUAUGGAUGCAGUACUAGCACUAGCUUAUGCUUUGCAUGAUAGACUAGGCUGUAAUUCUCAUUCUUGCCCGCCAUUUGAUCCAGAUAUGAUAGCAAAGGAUCAUGGGCAAUUUAAAAAUUAUUUACAUAAAGUUUCCUUUCCUGGUAUAACCAGCCGACGAUUUGUUUUUCGACCAGAUGGAAGCAGUCAAUUACCUUAUGAUAUUGUAACUCUUCAUCCAUUUAAAAAUGCUACUACAAAUACAGUCCGUAAGAUUAAAAUUGGUUCUUGGAGUCUGAAAAAUGAUCUUAUUAUUGAUUCGAAAAAAAUUAGAUGGAAUGGAGGAAAUAAUUGGUCUGAAAUACCUUCAGCACGUUGUUCAGAAGACUGCCAGCCGGGUCAUUACCUUGAGUUGCCGAGAGAUAUGGCAUCAUCAAGGUAUCCUUGCUGUUGGAAAUGCAGAAAAUGUAAACCUCAGGCAAUCUCAGAUGCGAUCAAUCAAAUACGAUGUAUAAAAUGCGUUAAUUACACUCAACCGAACGAUAAUCACACUGAAUGCGUAGAUAUGCAAAUAGCGAGAAUUAAAUGGGAUGGAGCAUUUGCAAUAGCAAUGUAUAUCCUGACAUCAUUUUACCUCGUAGCUCUAAUCUUCAUAUGGGUCACAAUUAUUUUAUAUCGCAAAACUCCAGUCGUGAAAGGUUCUAAUUAUUUACUAUUAAAUAUCUAUCUCUGUUUCAAUUUAUUAAUCCUAGUAUCAGCUUUUCUUUACUUAAUCCCAGUGACGAAAAUGGCGUGCACUGUUCAAAUGGUUAUGAUUAGUGCAAGCGAGAUUGGCAUUUUAGUUACCAUUAUUAGCAAAACGAAUCAAAUUGACAUGAUUUUUAAAAAUACAUCACGCGGAGGUGGAAUCCGAUCGAAAUUAAUUCGCAAUAGUAGUCAGAUAUUAUUUAUACUUGUAACUGAAGUUAUUAGUCAGGCUAUUGUCCUCGGACUACUUGCUUAUAGUCCUGCUAGUAUUGUAAGAACGAUCAACGAUGAUAAUCAUAUUGAAUUAAUGUGUGGAUUUUCCAAUAGUCCGAGCAUAAUCGCUUUUGCAGUUAUAAUCUUAUUAUUGAGUUUCACUGCGUUAACUUUGGCAUUUCGAACCCGAUCGCUACCUGAUAACUUUAGUGAAGCUCGGUACAUCUUUUUAGCUUCCUUAAUGGUAACUACUGUUGCUGUCUCGAGUGUACCAACACUUCUUCUUACAACAGCUGAAAACAAUACUCGUCAACAAGCUGUUGCAAGUGUCGCUAAUUUUACCUUUAAUAAUAAUCGGCCAUCUCCAAAACCAAUAUCACUUAAUUCUAACAACAGCUAUUUAACUGAUUCACCAAUAGCAGUUGGACGAAAAGUACUAACAGCUCGAAUUCAGCCUAAGAAUUAUUCAGAAGAGACAGACCAAGAAGAUUUAUAA